UGCUGAUCCCAACAGGGCCGGGCGACGUCCGGGCGCUGAUCCCAGCGGGGCCGGGAGCUGUCUGAGGUGCUGAUCCCAGCGGGGCCGGAGCUGUCUGAGGUGCUGAGCCGUGCUGCCCGGGCGGCACCAUGGUUUUCGCUCCAGGUGAGAAGCCAGGGCUGGAGCAAGAUGAAGUUAAGCUGCAGAUUGCCAGCAAGCAGAUUGUGCAGACUGCCAUCCUCCGAGCAGUGCAACAAGUUUCCCAGGAGAGCCAGCAAAAGGAGAAGCGAACAAACACCGGUACAAGCCUCCAACUAGAAAGAGGAAAACUAACCAAGAAGCAUGAAAAGAAGUAAAGGAGGAGAUUGGGGUUUUUCAACUCCAGUCUGCAAGUGUUUUCAGCCUUCUCUUUAGUAUCAGCUGUAUUGCUAGUGCAAUGCUACUGCUGUAAAGCAAACCAAAGUAUUAUCACACCUAGACAUAGGGUAAAACUGCAAUAGUCCUCAUCUGAGAAAUACUAAGUGCAUUAGAUGAAUGACUCCAUAUUUAUGCAGUGCCUCUUAACAGAAACAAUAUAACCAUAGCUGUAAAAGUAGUUUCAAGCACAAGCUCUUAUGAUAUGAGCUUAUUCUCAAAAGCUUGUUGCCAGUGCACUUUCAUGCUAAGUUCUGCGAGCACCAUUUACGUCAGUUCAGCUGGACGGACCCUUCUCUGCAUUACUGGGCUCACUGAAGCUCUCUUGGCUGAGGAAAUCGUUUAUUGUCAGGUGUAGCAGAAUGAUUCCAGGCUCCCUUGAAGCAUGGGUUUGUACUUUGCUUUGAUUAGAUAUGAACUAUGUGAGAUGGCAGUAUAAAGUGGAUUUGGUAAGUUCUGUGAACCAGUGUAUUUUUUCAUCUUGGGGGGAAAAAAAAAGCAAUCCAGUAAGACUGCAGUGACUGUGAUCUAUGACUAUGAUCAUAUAGCUAUGAUCUAUGUCUUUUUUUAAAAAAAGAUAAAUACUGAAGUUUUAGUCUACUUAUUUAAAUACUUCUAUACUUCUGCAUAAAAAUCACUUGUGCCUCAACUAUUCCUUUUAAUUUUCUUGGUAUUGAAAGAAAAGGAACUGAUGUGGAGAAAAGGAGUUGGCCAGAAUUUGCUCCAGUUUUGCAAUUCUUCUGGGUCUUGAUUUACAGACAGUGAAGACUGAAGUGUCUUAAAAAAACGGGGGGUUGAAUAUAUUAAUAUCUUUAAGGAUGAAAAUAUACAGUAUCUGAAUUCUGUCAUGGUAGGUAUUUCUCACCUGCUGGGUGUAAAGUGACUUUAGAUAUUUGCAGUUGUUACAUAUUCAACUUAAAUAGCACUGUGUGAAGCUGGUGAUACAGAGCUUAUCCUUUCAACUGCUCUAUAUAGCUGAAGAGAUCCAUGAUGAUUCUGAAAAUACAAAUUAAAUAAAUGUACCCUUCAGUUUUAUUGCUCCCUUUAUGUCAUGAUGAUUGCACUGUUAUACAUGUGAAAUGAAUAACAUUAUAUUUAAAUCUGGAAAUGGCUUGUAGCUCUGCUUCAAAUGAAUUCCUGUAUUCCUGUAGUAAUACACCUGGAAAUACAAAGAGGAAGAUGCCCUACAAAACUUUCUUAAUGGCUUUUCUACUCAGCUACAUGAUCCUCAAAGAGACUGUGGGUUAAAUAAUUGGCUAUUACUGUGUCCUGUUGCUUGUGUUAAAUGAUUUUGGGAUUCCUUCUGUUGGACAGAGGCUCAGUCAUGAAUAACCACAUACUGUAAUGUUAAGUCUUUGUAAUCUGCUAGAUUUCUUUUUUUUUUUUAAUUUUUUAAUUUAACAACACCGACUCAUACAAGAUAGUGAUUUAGCUCAAUCUUCUUUCACUUAAAAAUGCAAAGAGGAAUUCAACAUGAUUGAAAGUGUUCCAAAUCAUCUAGUAAUGGAAACUGACCUGGAUUCCAAGUACACAGGUGGUUCACUUCUGUAGACACUGGGUGAAUUUUUAGUCAAGCAAACUUUGAAAGGUGAAAGUAGUUGGGUCUUGAGGCACAUCUGUGUUUUUGUAAUAGUAAUUUUUUUACCAUUAGAUUUUUCACCAGUUCACCUUUGUUUGGGAGGCACUUCUUUUCUAAGCACUCUUUGCAUUUUUCUCUCUGAGAGCCUAAGAAAACUGAUCAUGAAUAAAGGUUCAGUUCUGAGGCUGAUGAGCAGACAAGUCUGGUGGAUGAGAGAGAGCAAACUUGUUGGAGAGACUCUGUGUGCAAAACGGUGUUUGCCAUGAACUCACCAUGCUGCAGGAAGGACAUAUGCAACAAUUCCAUUUCUUCAAAAUUAUUUUACUUUUUAAAUGCUUCUUGAUCCCAGAAAUUUGAAAUAUGUUUGGGUUAGGUGUUUUGUUUUGGUUAUGUGGUUUUUUUGUUGUGGUUGAUUUUGAUUUUUUUUAUGUUUUGGUUUUUUGUUACUGAUAAUUAUGUUAAUAACCAUAUAGUUUUGGAACUGUUUCUUUUAAUGCCAUUUUUAAAAUUAAUCAUUUUGGCAAGAGAAGAAUUUCAAAAACCAGUGAAUCUGGGCUUUUGCCACUGCUUCAUAUGAGCCUAUUCCACUCCUCCUCCCACUGUGCACUUGUACAGUAUCACUUUACUCUCUCUUUGCAACUGCCCUAGUCCUAUUAGGCAUACUAUUUAUUGCUCAACUGUUUAAUAGUCAUGUCCAUCAUUGUCAGAAUACCCAUGCCAU